AUGGAGCUGAGAGCCCUCCUCCUGCUGCCACUCUGCUUCCCAGGUCUCCAAGCCCAAUCACCUGAUUCUGAGAUAAGACUGUCAGAAGGAAGCACUCUGUAUAUCCACUGUCCCUACACAGCACAGGCUGACUACCGCCAGCAGAAAGCCUGGUGCCGUGUGAGAGAUGGACAAUGUGACCUCUUAGUGGAGACGAUGUACCCAACACAAUACCCAUACCCAACCCGCGCCGCAAAGGGGAAUGUUUCAAUAGUGGACGACCCCAUGCAUGGGACAGUGUCCAUCACCAUGACUAACCUCCAGGCAGAAGACUCGGGCACAUACUCCUGUGUUUCUCGUUCCUACAGUUAUGGGUAUUUUCUACUAAGGACACUCUCACUGAUUGUUUUCAAGG